AUGUGUGGUACCGAUGACGAUGAGGAUCGAGAUCUCGUUACACGACUCGUGUCGACCGAGGAUCUGUCCCGUGGAUACACUGCUUUCCCUCCCCGACAGCAAGGUCCCCCGCCCCAGCAUUUUCAGUCAUUGAUUGAAGAGCUAUCGGCGAAGGACCGUGCCGUCGAGACAGCCACCAGGAGGUUUGUGUUCCGUGAUGGUGCAAUAACUGCUCUCAGGUCUCUGGCUACUACGAGUACUUUGAUCCCGACUAGGACCGAAGCCUUGUUGGCUUUCAUAUGGAAGUCCACUAUAGCAGCUGCAACGGCUUCGAGUUCCUCGAAGCCGUUGUGCCUCACUCAGGCAGUCGACCUCAGGCCGAGAAUGAAGAAGAAGAAGACGACGAAGAAUACCGAUCUUCGUACUAAGGAGGAGGAUGACCGUGUUCCUGAUGACGAGUUAUUACUUUCUCGACACUCCAUUGGAAACCUCUUCUCCAUGGCGGCCUCGUUCUGCAACGAGCCCGACUCGGGCUUCGGUACUACCACUUCUGAUCUGGCGCGACUUCUGAGGGAAGCGGUGGCGAGAGCCACGGAUGACAUGCAUCUUGAUAUCCUCUCGUCACAGAAAGGCUCUGAUGCCAUGGUUGAAGGACUCGGAAUAGGUGUACCGACCUUGAUGUGCUCGAGCUGGAUCCGGUUCGGGUUUAGUGACAUCGAUUUCGGGUGGGGGAAACCGGUUUGGAGUGGUGUUGUUGGAGAAGCCCACGGGGAUAACACUGCUCCCGGGAACUUGAUUAUCCUCAAGGAAUUAGCACCAAAGAAGGAAGAGAACUACAACAACAACAAUUAUGACAAUAGUGGCAUCGAGGCAUGGAUAAGGAUGGAUCACAAACUCAUGGCUGCUCUUGAAAAAGAUCCUGAGUUCCUGGAAUUUGUUGCUCCCAAUCCUCCUAUUCUUUACUGA